UGGUUUUUGGUGCGCAUGCGGGAAACCAGUCGAUUAUUGCGCUGAAAUUUCGUCUGCAAAAAAGUUCUUUAAAGUGACUAAUUCUUGAGAUAAAGAAACAUAUAUAUUUCAGAAAUUUCUUGUGUGUUGAUCAAAAAGAAAAUUCUUCUCGGAAUUAAAGGAAGAGGAACUAUUCUGUUUUAAAAUAAUACUUUGUGUAUUUUUUGAGAGUUUUAUAAAGUAACCCAAAGCACAGCCGUCAAGAUGAUGAAAGGUGUCAUGAAUCGUAGAAUUCCAAAAGAGAUCUUGGAUCUCUUUGAAAAAUACAUUGCUAACAACGUAAGGCAUCUAGACAGAAAAGAUGCCAUUGCCAUGUUACAAAAAGAAUUUGGUUUGGACGAAGAACAGGCGGCAACAAUGUUUGACACAUUCGAUAAAGACCAGAACGGACAAAUGAGCAUUUGGGAAUUUCAACAGUUUUAUGUUUGCAUGGGAACACAUUCGUCUAAUCCAAUUUGCAGUGCAAAGGAAGUAGUGGAAAAGUUUAAAGAAAUCGACUCCGACGGCAGUGGUAAAAUAGACCGCAACGAGGCUGUAGAAGGACUUAAAACCCUCAAAACAGCAACUGGCCGACCUCUUGACCCCAAAGAAAUCGAGUUCUUUAUUGAAACAACUUCAGAUGAAGAUGGCCAGAUAAAUCUCGGGUCCUUCACGAACUUGCUUUACAGGUUAAGACUCUAUAAUGCUCCUCCGCCAUCCAAGACGAUGAAAAUCAAAAGUGCUAAAGCAAGUUAGAUUUUGAUGUAACAAAUGUACCAAAUUGUCUUUCGAUUUUAACGCCGCUGGGACGUUGCUCCAGUUGAUAGCUCUGCAUGAAAUGAUUCCAUUUGGACAACGAAUAACCUUUGCACAUAGACAAUUAAUCUCAGCAACGUAGUUUUGUUCUCUAUUCCAAUGUUUUGUGACUUUUUGUGAAAUAUCAGUUCACAAGACUGUUAACAACUGUGGAUGAUAUUACGGAAAACAUUGAAUAACUGAAUAUACAAUAUACUGAAAUAAACAAAAGUAUGUCAGAAAAGCUGAAAAACUUAAAAAAUGUAACACAUAUUUCGAGUACAUUAUACAAAAGAAAAUGCUGAUAUAAUGCAAGAAAGUAACAAUAAAGUCGUAUAUUAUUCAACAGCCUUUCUUGCUUUGUUUUUGCUCAAGGAAUACACAGUCAAACCAAACUUUAGUAUAUCAUAGAUAAUGCUACAAAUCAUCGUAACUCAUGUUUUUAUUCGCGCAUUAGCCAUCUUACCAUGUUGACAUGUGCUCAUCAUUCACAAUGGUCUAUACCACGCGUUGUAUUUCAUAUCGUCAUGCAUGCUCAUUAUGCACAUAUAUUUGUUCAUUUUUUAUAUAUAUUUAUUUACUGAAAUAAAAUUAUAUAAAUUGU